UAACAAGGAUGUUUCAUUAUCAAAUGUCUUUCUCGACGGAUGAGCUAACAAGCCGCAAGCGAGGGGGUAGUCGAAAAGGAUUGGUCAAUAGAACUUUUGCUGAAGAUUCUCCUGACCUCCUGAAAGUUAUUGUGACGUUAUCAUAAUUUGGCAUUCAGCAUGGGUGUGAAAACGGUUGCGAUCAUCGGGAGCGGUGUCAGCGGUCUGGUAUCGCUCAAAACAUGUUUGGAGGAGGGUUUCGAACCUGUGUGCUUUGAAAGAGAGUCCUCGUUCGGUGGUGUAUGGAUCUUCCACGAUGAUCCCGUUAAGACACACACUCGAGGUGCCCUUUAUCACUGCCUUGUCCUCAACUCCAGCAAGAACAUGACCAACUUCAGCGACUUUCCGUACCCAAAGGCAUCGUCACCGUACAUACAAGGAAAGGAGUUCAUCAACUAUAUCAAGGCCUAUGUCGACCACUUUGACCUCGAACGUCACAUCCGGUACAGCACCGAUGUGAAGCGCGUUGAGAAGGCCACCGACUAUGACGUCAGCGGGCGAUGGACGAUCAGUUUCGCUCAUAAUGGCGAGGAAGUCAAGCAGGAGACUUACGAUGCUGUGAUCGUCUGCACCGGCCUUUACACCGAGAGGAACAUGGCGGUGUACCCGGGACAAGAGCAGUUCACUGGAGAGAUCAUGCAUAGCAAUGAGUACAAGAAAGCGGACGGACUCGCGAACGGAAAGACAGUUCUCGUUGUCGGUGGCUCACACUCGGCAGGAGAUUGCGCAGUUGAUACGAGUCGAGUUUCAAAGAAGGUGAGUAGUCAGAAUGUGAAACUUAAAUAUAACUUAUGCAAUGAGAGCAGAGUACCUUUACAAGAAACCUUUACUGGUAUUUCCAAAAAUUGA